GGCUCCGUGAGGGGUCGGUGCUGUGAGGGGAACGGCGCCCUGAGGAGAAUGGCGGCAAUGGCUCUUCCAAGGAUUCCCUGGAAUUUUCCCGCUUUCUGCUGGCUCCUGGCCGUGCCCAUUCCCGGUUCCCUGAGCCUGGAAUGCCAGGAGCACCAGUACAGCUACCGUGAGAAAUGCUGCAGCGACUGCGCCCCCGGGGAGAGGAUGCGGAGCCGCUGCACGGCCUCGGCCGACACCGUGUGCUCGCCUUGCCAGGAUGGAUAUUUCAGCUCCCAGCACCACCACGGCUUGUGCCAGAGCUGCACCGUCUGCAACGCCUGGAAGGGCAGCGUGGAGGUGAAGCCGUGCGAGAAGACCUCGGACAGGGUCUGCGCGUGCCAGGCGGGAUUCCAGCCAGCCGGGGGCGCUCCCGUGGGAAAGGUGUGCUCCCGAUGUCCUGAAGGGACUUUCUCCAGAGGAGGGAACGAGAACUGCCAGCCUUGGACCAACUGCAGCAGUUUGGGGAAGAGCACACUCCGGGCUGGCACGGGCACAGAGGAUGCCCAGUGCAGCAGCAAUGCCAGCAGCCCUGGCCCACAUCCCUCUGCCACGGAAUUCCCGGAAAACAGGGAUCCCUCUGCCACGGAAUUCCCGGAAAACAGGGCUCCCUCUCCCACGGGAUUCCUGGAGAACAGCUCCAGAGCGUCCAGCCCCAGGGAGAUCCCCGCGGUCUGUCGGGAUCCCGGCGUUCCCGCGGAGCCUGGAUGGGGCUCUUUAUCCCUGCUCCUGCUGUGCCUGAUCCUGCUGAUGGUGAGUGGAAUUUCCAUCCUGCUCCUGAUCAUCCAGGCAGCCCAGAAAAAAGCCAGGAAUGGGCCUGGGAGGAGCACCCAGCACAAGCAGGGCAGCUGUCGGAUCCCCGUCCAGGAGGAGCAGAUCGACUCCAAUUCCAGCCUCAUCAAAAACUGACUCCCACUUCUGGCUCUUCCCUGCGUCUCUGAGCCCGUGGAGCUGAAGGAGCACCGGGACUAAUUAGGGCUGGUUUUGCUUAAUUAGGAGUUAAUCAGAGGCUGGUUUAACUCUUUAAUUAACUCAAGAGCUCCCUUUGGAAUUUGGGAGAAUUCCCGAGGGAAUUUUGUGUGGAUUUUUUUUCUCUUUGGGCAAAUCCUUGAGCUCUGAAAUGAUGAGUAAGUGACAAAGCUGAGCUGUAAAAUCAGGGUUAAGUGGCAAAAUUGAGCUCUAAAAUCAGGUUUAAGUGACAAAGCUGAGCUCUAAAAUCAGGAAUAAAUGGAAAAACUGAGCUCUAAAAUCAGGAUUAAGUGACAAAACUGAGCUCUAAAACCAGGAUUAAGUGACAAAACUGAGCUCUAAAAUCAGGAAUAAAUGGCAAAACUGAGCUCUAAAAUCAGGAAUAAAUGACAAAACUGAGCCCCUAAAACCAGGAUUA